GGCGACGCUGGGCUGGCGGCGGUGCGGAGCCGGGAGGGCGGCUGGGCAGGCGGCAGGAUGCUGCUCGCCGCACUGCCCCUGCUCGCGCUGCCCCUGGCGGGGGCGGCCGAAGAGCCCCCCCAGAAGCUGGGGUCCCCGGGAGAGCCUCCCCCAGGCUUGGCGCUUUUCCGCUGGCAGUGGCACGAGGUCGAGGCGCCCUACCUGGUAGCCCUGUGGAUCCUGGUGGCCAGCCUGGCCAAAAUCGUGUUUCAUCUGUCUCGGAAAGUAACGUCUCUGGUCCCUGAGAGCUGCCUGCUGAUUUUGCUGGGCCUGGUGCUGGGGGGCAUUGUGUUGGCUGUGGCCAAGAAAGCUGAGUACCAGCUGGAGCCAGGCACCUUCUUCCUCUUCCUGCUGCCUCCUAUCGUGCUGGACUCAGGCUAUUUUAUGCCUAGCCGGCUGUUCUUUGACAACUUGGGUGCCAUCCUCACCUAUGCUGUGGUGGGCACACUAUGGAAUGCCUUCACCACAGGUGCUGCCCUCUGGAGCCUGCAGCAGGCUGGACUUGUGGCCCCUAGGGUGCAGGCUGGCUUCCUGGACUUCCUGCUGUUUGGGAGCCUCAUCUCAGCUGUGGACCCCGUGGCUGUGCUGGCUGUCUUUGAGGAGGUGCACGUCAAUGAGACUCUCUUUAUCAUCGUCUUUGGCGAGUCCCUGCUCAAUGAUGCAGUCACUGUGGUGCUGUACAAGGUCUGCAACUCCUUUGUGGAGAUGGGCUCUGCCAACGUGCAGGCCACUGACUACUUGAAGGGAGUCGCCUCCCUGUUUGUGGUCAGUCUGGGCGGGGCAGCUGUGGGCUUAGUCUUUGCCUUCCUCCUGGCCCUGACCACACGCUUCACCAAGCGGGUCCGCAUCAUCGAGCCGCUGCUGGUCUUCCUCCUCGCCUAUGCAGCCUACCUCACUGCUGAAAUGGCCUCGCUCUCCGCCAUUCUUGCGGUGACCAUGUGUGGCCUGGGCUGUAAGAAGUACGUGGAGGCCAACAUCUCCCAUAAGUCACGCACGGCUGUCAAAUACACAAUGAAGACUCUAGCCAGCUGUGCUGAGACCGUCAUCUUCAUGCUGCUUGGCAUCUCAGCUGUGGACUCUUCUAAGUGGGCCUGGGACUCUGGGCUGGUGCUGGGCACCCUUGUCUUCAUCCUGUUCUUCCGAGCCCUCGGUGUAGUCCUGCAGACGUGGGUGCUGAAUCAGUUCCGGCUGGUCCCUCUGGACAAGAUUGACCAGGUGGUGAUGUCCUAUGGGGGUCUACGGGGUGCUGUGGCCUUUGCUCUCGUCAUCCUACUGGACAGGACCAAGGUCCCUGCCAAAGACUACUUCGUGGCCACCACUAUUGUGGUGGUCUUCUUCACAGUCAUUGUGCAGGGCUUGACCAUCAAGCCGCUGGUCAAGUGGCUGAAGGUGAAGAGGAGUGAGCAUCACAAACCAACCCUGAACCAGGAGCUGCAUGAGCACACUUUUGACCACAUUCUGGCUGCAGUGGAGGACGUUGUGGGGCACCAUGGCUACCACUACUGGAGGGACAGGUGGGAGCAGUUUGACAAGAAGUACCUGAGUCAGCUGCUGAUGCGGCGGUCAGCCUACCGCAUCCGGGACGAGAUCUGGGAUGUGUACUACAGACUCAACAUCCGCGAUGCCAUCAGCUUUGUGGACCAGGGAGGCCACGUCUUGUCUUCCGCAGGUCUCACACUGCCCUCUAUGCCCAGCCGCAAUUCUGUGGCAGAGACUUCUGUCACCAACCUGCUGAGGGAGAGUGGCAGUGGAGCGUGUCUGGAUCUGCAGGUGAUUGACACAGUACGCAGCGGCCGGGACCGUGAGGAUGCUGUGAUGCAUCAUCUGCUCUGUGGAGGCCUCUACAAGCCACGCCGCAGGUACAAAGCCAGCUGCAGCCGCCACUUCAUCUCAGAGGACGCGCAGGAGCGGCAGGACAAGGAGAUCUUCCAGCAGAACAUGAAGAGGCGGCUGGAGUCCUUUAAGUCCACCAAGCACAACAUCUGCUUCACCAAGAGCAAGCCACGACUUCGCAAGACUGGCCGCAGGAAGAAGGAUGGUGUGGCUAAUGCUGAGGCUACAAAUGGGAAACCUCCUCGAGACCUGGGCUUUCAGGACACAGCUGCUGUGAUACUGACUGUGGAGUCUGACAAGGAAGAAGAGAGUGACAGUUCAGAGACUGAGAAGGAGGACGACGAGGGGAUCAUCUUUGUGGCUCGGGCAACCAGUGAGGUUCUCCAAGAAGGCAAGGUCUCAGGAAGCCUUGAGGUGUGCCCAAGCCCACGCAUCAUCCCCCCAUCCCCAACCUGUGCAGAGAAGGAGUUACCCUGGAAGAGCGGGCAUGGGGACCUGGCAGUGUAUGUGUCCUCGGAAACCACGAAGAUUGUGCCCGUGGACAUGCAGACGGGCUGGAACCAGAGCAUCUCAUCCCUGGAGAGCCUGGCAUCCCCUCCCUGCACCCAGGCCACAACUCUGACCCGCCUGCCUCCCUACCCUCUGGGUGCCGAAGAGCCCCAGGCCCCUCUCCACCUGCCUUCUGAUCCACGCCCUAGCUUCGCCUUUCCCCCAAGCCUGGCCAAGGCUGGCCGCUCCCACAGUGAGAGCAGUGCUGACAUCCCCCAACAGCAAGAGCUGCAGCCCCUCAUGGGCCACAAGAACCGCACCCAUCUUAGCCCGGGCACUGCUAACUCCCACUGGUGCAUCCAGUUCAACAGAGGUGGACGGCUGUAGCCCAGGGCCUUGGGGAGGAGCAGGAGGUGGAGCCCCUGUGGGAAGAGCUCCCUGGGCAAUGGGCAGAAGAGCCCGUUCAGCUUGCCAUGGGGCCAGUGGGGCCUGGACUGAAGUAGCAACUGGGCUUUCUUGGGACUGGUCAGAGGGGUCUCCCGAGCUGGUCCUCACAGGGACCCUUCUUACCACCCUCCCUGCUCCUAACCCCUGCCACUUUCCGUAUCAAUAAGGACCCUACUCUGGGUCAGGACCCAGUCCAGGACUUCUAGGGGCUAGGCCUGGAUAUUUGGGUAGCUGAUACCCCUUCCCCAGUGGGCCUUUCUGGGGUUACUAUAGGCAGCUGUCCCUGGCCCCAAAGUAAGGGCAUCAUUCCUUAGUAGACGCUGGCCUUCCCUACCCUCUACCCGCUCCCCAGCACUGGCUCAGGGACAGCGUCCUGACAAGGAGGCUCAGUGAGGGGCUGGUCCUCAGAGGGACUGGGUUGGGAGGCAGGGCUGGCCCCAACCUUGGGCUCUGCUGCCAUGUUGGGUCAGCUACCCACAGUCCAUUUUUUUUAGGGCAGUGGGAAUCUCUGCCUCCACUUCUUGCUUAGCCCCUUCCCUUUGCUGCCAGAUACUGGGAUAAUAGUUCCUCCUUUCCCAGGACCAACGCCAGGGGGCUGGGCCAGGUUCCAGUUCAGAACUGCUUCUUAGCCAGGGUCACUCUAGGGAUCUGCUGCUCUGGGUCCAAAUCUGGACCUUUCUGAUCCUGGGGUCUGGGUUUUCUGAGGAGGGGACACAGUGGCCUCUGGGCUCCCAUGUCACCACCUCAACAUUCCCCAAGCAGGGAAGGAACCAGGUAGCCCUUCCCCAACUACUCCAUUGCUCUGGGGGCUGGGAAGCCUGGCUGCAGUGGCAAGGAGGGGGCUGACUGGGUGGCAGGUGACUUUCCAGGGGUUAGCACCUGCCUUGUGUUUUGUACCUUGAACCUGAGAUACAUUAAACAUCUCUCAGAUGGA